AUGAAAGCUUUCCUUUGCCUUAACUUGAUCGUUUUAAUCGCUGCUGCCGCUACAGCUACCACCAACUCUGGUACCUCCACCAGCAGCAAUCUUAACACUCAAACCAAACUGGACUUGGAAACUGAUACACCUCAAUCUAUUCAAUCUCUUUUGAAUACUGAUUUCGGUCGCUUCCGUAAAUCUGCCGGUUAUGGUGGUGGUGCUGCCAGUAUACCUGCUCCUCCCUGCCCCAAAAACUAUUUGUUCAGUUGUCAACCUAAUCUAGCUCCAGUACCUUGUGCUGCUCCUGCUGCUUCUUAUGGCUCGGCUGGUGCCUACAGUGCUCCUGUACCCACUUAUGUGGCUCCUGUCGGUAACAAUUAUGGUCUGCCUCAAACCUAUAGCGGAUUUAUGCCUCAAACUAUGAAUCAAUGGUAUUAUUAA